AGGGUUUCUAUCACGUGUAUACUUUUCAGCCAAUCAAAUAUUGAGUCGUGUCUCACAGCAGUUACUUCCGUGUUCGGUGGGAUGUACAGUUAUUUACUUCAAAAUCAUUUGGUAGGGUGGAUUUGCGCUAGCUGAAAGACGGAUUUUGUUCUUUUAUAUAUUUCGUAAAACUAAUUACAGCUCACAAAUAUGCAAUAUCAAUGGGUUAUAGUGGUUUUUACAUGCGGAGCACUUUUCUGUGAGAUGGUAGUUUCAAAAACUAAAGACUAUUAUGAUAUCUUAGGAGUACCAAAAAGUGCUUCGGAAAGGGAAAUCAAGAGAGCUUUCCGUAAAUUAGCGGUGAAAUAUCACCCCGACAAAAAUAAAGAUCCUGAUGCUGAAGCUCAGUUCAUGGAAAUUGCCAAAGCCUAUGAAGUGUUAGCAGACCCUGACAAACGAAGACAGUACGAUCAAUUAGGAGCUUCAGCAUUUGAGGAUAAUGUGCGGAAUGGUGGCGGCCAAGGUGGUGGAUUUGAUUUCAACUUCAAUGAUUUCUUUAAACAUUUUGACAGCAGUGUCAAGACAUUUCACGGACACAACCACCGAAAUAAGAGAAAACAUUCUGGUGAAGAUAACAUCUUUAAUUUUGGGGGUGGAAUGUUUGAUUUUGGUGAUAUUUGGGAUGAUUCUGAUUCUGAUGAUGAUUUCGGCUUUGACAUGUUUGGAGAUAUGUUUGGAAGUCAAAAGUUUGGAGGCGGGGAUGGAUUUCACUUCAAUUUCCAGCAUGGUCAUCAGCAGCAGCACAAUCACCAACAUCGUGAGACGCAUACAAAAGCUCAUCAUAAUGUACAUAGAAAAAUGAACACCCACCAUUCAGGUGGCAGGACCUGUCGUACUGUAACGCAACGAGUUGGCAACAUGGUAACAACGUACACAGAUUGUUCAUAACGUUGUAUCAAGACAUACCAUUUACACCCCUUGUAUAUAUUUAUAAAAGAUGAAAAGGACAAUCUAUAUAUAUAUAUAUAAUCUAUCUAGAGAUACUAAGGCCUUUGGUGCUACAUUUAACUAAGAACAUUUAAUAGCAAGAAAAUAAGUCGGUCCAACCACAAUUAUUGAAGUAUACUAGGAGCUCGGGAGCACACCAAAUAAAUAAACAGCAAUUUUAAAUCAAUUUAAUAUAAGAACAUUGUCUACAGCAUAUGUGAACAAAAUUAAUGGCACUAGCGGGGUCAAUUUCCAAAGGUGUUUAAUAAGAUUCAUGUGGACAAAAUUUUUCGAAAGUCUUUGAAACUCCAUUAUGUGCAUGCUCUACUAAUACAGUAUGUGCCAAAUGAAUAUAACAUGGCAUUAAAGCGGGAGGGUCGUCACCUGUGCACGCGCAGGAAUCGAGUCACUAGCAACGAUAACACAUGCUAAUGGCUCAUGGGUAGAUGUUUGUUUGUAAAGAAUGACACACUAUGGCCAUCUGACGCAUGCCCAGGUGACGACUCAGAAAAUUGACAAUAUUUAAGUUAAUGCAGAAAUUGUCUUCAUGUCGCUAUUAAAUCAUCAAAUUAGGCGCUUUACAGUAUAAUUACAAAUAAUGUGAACUGAAUUCUGAAAUUUGCCUUGUCACUGUUCAAGUUGAAGUACAGGAGGAUAUUUAUAUUUUUGAUGCUAAUUGGUUACUGACUUUGUAGACCCAUUUAUGCCUUGACAGUUGUAUUAUGCUGUAAUUAUAAAUUCUUGGUUUUGAGUGAACUAACAACUAAUCCUCAUUUCACCAAGUUAAUGUUAUUAAAUAGUUAUAAAAACUGUAAUGUUCAAAACUACCUAGUGUCUACUCUGACCCCCAACAGUAUAUUGUGCUGCUGCGCCAUUCUGACCAUAGCCUCAUUGUGUCCUUGCACUUAAUGUACAGCUUUUGUGAAUAUACCUUAGUUUACAUGUCAGUUAUUCUAGUCUAGAUGGAGAACUUUUCAACAUUUACAUUGAACCUCUUUGUUUACACCUCACAAAAAAUUCAUUAUUUAAUGCCAUGCUGUGAGGUGGGGUUUGUUAAUAGUCUAAGUUUGAUCUUUUUAUUUGUUUAUCAAUGAAAUAAAUUUUAAUUUAAAAUGUU